CUGGUGUCUUUACUUGAGCCCUUUUCCAGUGGCGCUAGUGCAUUUUUGGUAUUUAAACAAAACAAAAUUGUAAAAACAAUGCCGGCAUUUGCUAAUUACCAUUGCAAAACAACUAUAGACUGCCAACAGGGAGCUGUGCGUGCGGUGCGCUAUAAUGUUGAUGGCUCGUACUGCUUGAGUUGCGGCUCCGACAAGAAGGUCAAACUUUGGAAUCCUGCCACCGGACUGCUCCUAAAAACCUAUGGCGGACAUGCCGAUGAGGUAACAGACGUGGCUGGCAGCUGUGAUAGCAGCUACAUUGUCUCUUCCAGCUUGGAUAAGAGCAUCAUAUACUGGGAUGUCUCCACGGGAACACCGGUUCGCCGUCUGCGCUGUCAUGCUGGUGGCGUUCGUUGCGUCUGCUUCAAUGAGGACUCUUCCAUUGCCAUUUCUGGUGGCCGCGACAAUGCCGUCAUGUGCUGGGACAUACGUACCCGCCGCCUAGAUCCCGUCCAGGUCAUGAAGGACGCUCGCGAUUGCAUCACCACAGUUCUGACAAACGAGAACAAGAUCUAUGCCGCCUCGCUGGACGGUUGCAUACGGCAUUACGAUAUUCGUGUGGGAGAGAUGAUCUGCGACAAGAUCGGGGAGCCCAUCACCUACCUGGCCAGAACGCAGGACGAACAGUGCCUGGUGGCGGGCUGUCAGGACAGUGUGGUGCGACUGAUCGACUGCGAGACGGGCGGACUGCUGUCCGAAUACAAAGGACACCAGGCGGAUGACUACCACAUAGAGUGCGGCAUCUUAGCCAAUGAUGCGCACAUUGUGGCCGGCUCCAGUGCCGGGGAUGCCUACAUCUGGGAUCUGCUGGAGGGAAAGGUUUUGCAGAGGAUACGCAUAAGUGACAAUGGCGGAGUGGUUCAUUCACUGGCAACGCAUCCCAGCCGCUCGGAAGAGCUGCUGUUCGCCAGACGGCGGGACAUGUACGUUUUCACCACAGACCUGCAGGUCGAGGAAGAGCAAUUGUAGUGUUGGGUAACAGUUUAGGUUGACUUCCAUUAGCAAAAUAAGAAAUUAUUUGAUGUUUCUCGCCUCUAAGUUUAAGUUCUUGUUUAAAAUCGUAGAAGAAUCGUAGUUUAAUGCUAGGUCUGAAUAGGAUUAAGUCCAUUCUAGUGAUAGUUAAUAAACAAAAGAAUAAAUAAAUAA